AUGAUGCACACGACGCAGACGCAACACAUUGGGGUGCAGAUUCCCAACGCCAAGGAGCUAGAGGAUCACGUGCUGUUAAACCGGCUUCGCAAGUCUCGACCAAAAAGCAUUUUUUCCCUCAAGGCCCUCACAACAAGUCGCAUGCAAGGCUUUGUUGCCGCCGGCGGCAUCGUUCUUGGCGCGGCCGUGUUUCUCGGCCCGUGGCUGUGGGGGGAGGUGCAGGAGCUGAUGGGCAACAGGUACGUGCCGCUGCCGCCGUCGCAAAUGCCUCACACCUCACCGGAGUGGUGGGAGAACGAGUGGCGCAAGAUGAACCCGCUCUGGCGGGCUGGCGAGUCAAUGAGCGACUUCUUCGUCGGUCCCUAUCGUUUUGUGAAGGAGCAGACGGGGCGCGACAUGUCUUCUGCGUCAGAUUUCGUACGCACCUCACCGUCGUUCUCGCCUGCCGUGCCUGGAGGGCAGCAGUACGGCUUUUUGGACCGACUCACGCGCAUGUUUCACCGAUCGGCGUCUCCUACCACCUCUACAUGUAUCACUACUAUUUCUAGAGUAGGGAUUGCCAGCAAGGGUGAAAACUUUCACCGCGCCUCCGCUUCGGCCGUGAUGCUGCCGAACUCACCUCAGAUGCUGGUGCCACUCUGCGGCGACUCCCCGAUUAUCCGCACCGCGGCACUGCAAGGCUUCGAGGUGGAUGGAGUGGACUCCUCGCAGACUGCCAUCCAGUCAGCCGUCAGCCGCACCGAGGAGGGCCUGCCGCGGGUGCUCUACUCGAAGAUUCACUUGCACUGGAAGAACUUCUUUUCGCCAGAGUUAUGGGAGGGGCCGUUGAAGGGGAAGAAGUACGACGUUAUCUACGAGCGGCAGGGCAUGACUUCGCUAAACCGGGAGCAGCGGCCUGACUACGCCUACCUGUUGAAGCGCGCCAUGAAAGACGAUGGCCUGAUCUACGUCGAGGGCAUCUUUCGCACUGGACGAGUGAAGGGUAACAAGUUGAUGGGUCCACCCUACUCCCUGUCGAAGCGGGAGCUAGAGCAGCUCUUUCCCCUCAGUGAAGGCUACUAUGUGCGGUGUGAGGAGAAGACGGACGCGAUGCAGCAGCUAAGCCGUGAGAACCGCAUCCUCAAGCGAGUGCCCAAGGAGCUUCACGUGACCCCGUUCAGCUGCGUUGUGUUUCGUGAGGCUACAGUGAAUCUUCGAACACGGACGGAGCCGCUGCAGCACCCCGAGCCGCCGAUAUUGACUCCCCCCCAAGAGAACUUUGCGUGGUAG